AAAUGCUUGCCACUAUUGGAGUUGCGUAGAAAAUUUGCGAGAAAGUUCCCCUUAAAAGGAAAGCACUUUCCUUCCUCCCGAUUGGAAAUCUCGGAGCUUCUGCAUAGAACCCACCAGCUGUGCUCUACAAGUUUCAGCACUCAGGGAAAUGUUGUGGGCAUCUCGCUCCAUUAUCUUCCUUAUCCUUCGUUCAUUGAUGGACUUUUCUACCGCAAAAGAUCGAUGUAGGAUAGAGGUUAAUAUACCUGGUAUGGCUCUCAAAGGGUUCGUCUUUAAAAGAAUUUCCGCUACAGCUCCUCACGUGUGCGAUAUUGCCUGCGAGAGAGAAGUUAUAUGUCAAAGCUAUAAUUAUGUAACUGCGGACAAGGUUUGUGAAUUAAACAACAGAACCAAAGAAGCAAGUGUUGAGAAUUUCCGGUCAGACGAAGCACGGUUUUACAUUAGACGCAUGAACGGGAGAGCCCCCUUGGGUUCCAUUCCAGAAUUGCCAGCGUUAUCUUGCAGCGAGAUAAAGUUAAGUGAAGGUCAAGACAGCCUUAGUAAAACGUACUGGUUGGAUCCAACUGGCAUCGGGAAAGCAGUGUUAGUUUAUUGUGAUAUGAAAAUGGAAGACAUCGAUGAAUGCAAAGGCGACAACCCCGUCUGUGACGUGAAUGCAUAUUGCAGCAACACCUAUGGUUCUUAUAAUUGCUCCUGCAAAGAAGGAUAUACUGGAGACGGACGAUCAUGUUCACAAGCUGAUGCAUGUUACCAGUACCAGUACAAAAAUCUCAGCAAUGCAACAAGAAAGAACACUUACAACACAUCCGGCCCUAACAUCUACUGUGACGACAAACUCCCUAUGGGAUGGUACCGUUUUGUGGGAGCAGCAGGAAACAAAAUGGCAACAACAUGCGUGUCAGAAUUCAGAUGUGGCACAUAUUGGUCAGGAUGGCUUAGUGGUGUCCAUCCUACAGUGGGAGAUGGUGAUGUAAGUAGGACGGUCUGCUUCAGAAGAGGUUCCUGCUGUAGGUAUUCAACGCAAAUAGUAGUGAAAAACUGCGGAUCCUAUUAUAUAUACAAACUCUCUGCGACACCACGCUGUGAUAUGCGCUACUGUGGUUCAGACUAAAACUAAAUCCAAAUCUAGCAGUAAAUACAUUAACAUUUUUAUCAGUGGUUAACUAAAAACCUCAUUAAGGCAAUGGACUGCACUUUCUUCCGAUGUACCCGGCGGUAUAAUAACUUGGGAUGGUUAAAGAACAUUUGAAAAGUUUUAAAAUCACGAGCCGGUGUCGUGUGAUUUACAAACUUUUCUUGCGAUCUCCCAACAUCUCAGGUGGGUCAGUACACUGGUAAACCGAUAAAAAGGGCGGUUUAUUACUUUUACUAAAUAAUCUUCAAUUUAGUAUGGGUUUACACGUGCGAUAAACGAUAGGUUUUUUUUUUUUGACCAAUCAGCGCGCUAGUAGCAUUCCAUCUAAUUUAUGAUUUGUCGCAAUCCUUAUUACCGUCAUCACCAUCAUCAUUAUCAUUAUCAUCAACAUCAUCAUCAUUAUCAUUAUCAUCAACAUCAUCAUUAUCAUUAUUGUCGUUAUUAUCAUUUUCACUAUUAUUGAAAAAACUUUCCCACAUUUGGUCAAUUUCCAUGCUGGCGACAAACUGCUAAGUAGCGUUUUGGCCAUGUUCCACUUCCUAAGACUGUUCACUCUUUCACUCCCAAGUGUUCAUUAGUAAUUUUUCUUGCUUUCUCCCAAACAACUCAUAUGAUUUUAGCUCAUUCAUAAUUCUUCUUGCUUUCUACCAUACAGCUCAUAUGAUUUUAGCUCGGAUAAUUUGAUAUUGGUUUAACUAAUAAUCCCCUAAUUGACCUUUUUUCUUUAUCCUCAUCACUUAAGAUAAAGUCUUUUUACGAGCCACAUCAGGCCGGUGCUUAACUCCGGUUUCCAUAGCAU